AAAUUUUAUUGUGCAGGGCAAGCUGCGCUCUCCGAACCGCCAACAUUAUUGUCCUGACCCCGAUCCAGUAAGAAUUCUGGCCCCAGCUGUUUCGUCGCAGCAUCACCACGCACUUUUGCUCUUGAAUCCAGUAGAUUGACAACUGGUCAAUCCUCUACUGAACUUCCCCAAUAUCAUAGAGACUCUGUCUUCUCAUUCAUCCCCGUUGACGCUCUCAAACUGUCUGGAGCCUCACAAUCACCCUGACAUUCCCUUGAUUUACCCCUCACCGCCGCAACAAUGUCAGCAAAGUCCAUUCUCGAGGCUGACGGCAAAGCCAUCCUCAACUACCACCUCAGUCGUGCUCCAGUGGUCAGGCAGACUCCUCUGAAGGCUUCGGGGAUACACAACCCUCCUCCAAAGCUAGCAUCACUCUACUUUCCCGAAGAUCAGUCUGUAUCGACUAUCCUCGACCAGGCAGAGGCCACCUAUCCGUGGCUGUUGGCUUCCGGCGCCAGGUUUGUCGCGAAACCAGAUCAAUUGAUCAAGAGAAGAGGAAAGAGCGGCCUAUUGGCCCUGAAUAAGACAUGGCCUGAGGCUAAAGCGUGGAUUGCGGAGAGAGCAGGCAAGGAACAGAAGGUGGAAACCGUCACUGGUUACCUCAGACAAUUCCUGGUAGAACCAUUUGUGCCUCAUCCUCAAGAUACUGAGUACUACAUCAACAUCAACUCUGUUCGAGACGGCGACUGGAUUCUCUUCACGCACGAGGGUGGUGUCGAUGUCGGUGAUGUCGAUGCAAAGGCAGAGAAGAUCCUAAUCCCAGUCGACCUGAAGGGAUUCCCUUCUAUUCAAGAGCUGGCAUCAACACUGCUUAAGAAAGUCCCUCAGGGCGUCCACAAUGUCCUGCUGGACUUCAUCAUCCGAUUGUACUCAGUCUACGUCGACUGCCAGUUCACCUACCUCGAAAUCAACCCGCUAGUCGUCAUUCCCAACGAUGCAGGAACCUCAGCUGAUGUCCACUUCCUCGAUCUUGCCGCUAAACUCGAUCAGACCGCCGACUUCGAGUGUGGCACGAAAUGGGCCAUUGCCCGAAGCCCGGCUGCUCUUGGUCUGCCCGGUGUCAAGGCCGACUCAAAGGUCAGCGUUGACGUUGGGCCACCAAUGGAGUUCCCUGCACCCUUCGGUCGUGAACUUAGCAAGGAAGAAAAGUACAUUGCAGACAUGGACGCGAAGACCGGAGCCUCCCUCAAACUCACCGUGCUGAACUCCCAAGGUCGCAUCUGGACUUUGGUUGCUGGUGGUGGUGCGUCCGUCGUUUAUGCCGACGCUAUUGCUUCCGCCGGUUUCGUCAGCGAACUGGCCAACUAUGGUGAAUACUCCGGCGCUCCAACCGAGACGCAGACGUACAACUACGCCCGAACUGUGCUCGACCUGAUGCUCCGCGCACCGCUCAACCGGGAGGGCAAGGUCCUGUUCAUUGGCGGUGGUAUUGCCAACUUCACCAAUGUCGCCUCAACAUUCAAGGGUGUUAUCCGCGCCCUAAGAGAGGUUGCUCCCAGACUCAACGAGCACAAGGUUCAGAUCUGGGUCCGUCGUGCGGGUCCCAACUACCAAGAAGGUCUCAAGAACAUCAAAGGCGUGGGUGAGGAGCUCAAGCUCAACAUGCACGUGUAUGGCCCUGAGAUGCACGUCAGUGGUAUUGUGCCACUGGCUCUCUUGGGCAAGAAGAGCACCAUUCCCGAGUUCGGUGGUUAGUGAACGACCUUGCAUAUGCUGUUGUUGUAUGAUUUGAUCUAGAGUAUAUCCAUCGUCAGAUCGUUUUUGAUGGGUUGGCAUGCGCCUGGGCGAUCGGAAAAGGGGCCUGGGUGUUCUUUCCGGAGUUCCAUGAUGACUGCGGAGGAAAGCAUUGUGAUGAACCGCGAGUGACACGUCCUCUUGAUGUAUGGGCACUGAACUUGAAUCAGAUAAGCGUGAAUAGCACAAGGUUGGCCAUGAUGAGAUUUGCCUAAUGAGAAGCUCUUCGAAGAGCGAAAUCAUAGCUCCGUCAUCUGGCUGACAAGAUCUAACGGUUAACAUCCCCUUGAGUUUUCUGAGCCCUUAUGAGCCUUGCCUGCUAGACCUCUUGUGCAAGGGCUGCAUCGCCUUCAUUGCAGUACCAUGGGUAAAGUCUCCCCA